AUGGCGGGGCCACUGGGCUCCAAAGCGGAAUGGCCACAGCACUGGGAGGAUGUCACGGAGGCCAUGAUGGGCCACGGGCAGGCUACCUGUGUGAACCUGCGGGUCCAGGAGCAGCUGUGGUACCUCGGGGAAGAGAAUCUUGAGCGUCCCUCCACCCCGCCGAAAUGCGGAGACUCCCUGGUCUCCGCCUGGGACCUGCAUCCCCGCCUCUCCAGGCCCGCGGGCCUCCAAGUUCCGCCGGCGCGCCCCCGGCGGGCGCCGCGUCAGCGCAGCGAGCUCCGUCUGGCUUCCCCGCCUCCGGCCUGGAUCGCCCCGUCUGGUGUCCCACUCUCGGUCCUCUUCGCCGCCGCCCUUCCCACCCUGACCUGUCCAAGACCUCAUCCUACCCACUCCGCCCGGCCUCGGACCCCGGCCCCGAGCUGCCAGACUCUGCACACGUUUCGGACCCUGGCCCCAUCCGCGCCGCGCUCCCGGUCCCUGCCGGUCCAGGCGUCCCUCUCGCGCUCCGAUGCCCUCUCUGGAUCCUCACUUCGCGCCCUGUCUGCUCGGAACAGUGUGCAGAGCGCAUACUGUGUCACCAUGCAGGGGAGCAGCAGCUACAAGGAGCUGCAGAGGUGUGGCAUCCAGCCAGAAGUCCAGGCUGGGUCAGGCGGCUCCAAGCGGGAGAGCCGUGGCCUCGGCUCCAUGGGCCUGACCGGGCGGGAGGUCCUGACGCCCUUCCCAGGGCUGGGCACCGCCGCGGCCCCCGCACAGGAUGGGGCCCACCUGAAACAGUGUGACUUGCUGAAGCUGUCCCGGCGGCAGAAGCAGCUGUGCCGGAGGGAGCCUGGCCUGGCCGAGACCCUGCAGGACGCUGCUCACCUCAGCCUGCUCGAGUGCCAGUUCCAGUUCCGCCACGAGCGCUGGAACUGCAGCCUGGAGGGGAGGACGGGCCUGCUCAAGAGAGGUUUCAAGGAGACGGCCUUCCUGUACGCAGUGUCCUCGGCCGCCCUCACCCACACUCUGGCCCGGGCCUGCAGCGCCGGCCGCAUGGAGCGCUGCACCUGUGACGACUCCCCGGGCCUGGAGAGCCGGCAGGCCUGGCAGUGGGGUGUGUGCGGCGACAACCUCAAGUACAGCACCAAGUUCCUGAGCCACUUCCUGGGGCCCAAGCGAGGAAGCAAAGACCUGAGGGCCCGGGCGGAUGCUCACAACACCCACGUGGGCAUCAAGGCAGUGAAGAGUGGCCUCAGGACCACGUGUAAGUGCCACGGCGUGUCGGGCUCCUGCGCCGUGCGCACCUGCUGGAAGCAGCUCUCCCCCUUCCGCGAGACGGGUCAGGCGCUCAAGCUGCGCUAUGACUCAGCCGUCAAGGUGUCCAGUGCCACCAACGAGGCCUUGGGCCGCCUGGAGCUGUGGGCCCCUGCCCGGCCAGGCAGCCCCACCAAGGGCCUGGCCCCGCGGCCUGGGGACCUGGUCUACAUGGAAGACUCGCCCAGUUUCUGCCGGCCCAGCAAGUACUCGCCCGGCACAGCGGGCAGGGUGUGUUCGCGGGAGGCCAGCUGCGGCAGCCUGUGCUGCGGGCGGGGCUACGACACCCAGAGCCGCCUGGUGGCCUUCUCCUGCCACUGCCAGGUGCAGUGGUGCUGCUACGUGGAGUGCCAGCAGUGCGUGCGGGAGGAGCUCGUGUACACCUGCAAGCCCUAGGCCCGCUGCCCCGUGUGCCUGGGGGCGCUGCCAGGACCUGGAGGCGCUCGGCCACCUGGAGGCCCCUUCAGGCAGGGACGCACAGCAGGCGGGCACUCACCGACAUAGCUAGCGCCUGUGCUCAUGCACUCCUCUCUCCGCCUGGCCUCAGCCGCCUUUCCCCCCCUCGACACUCCACAGAGAGAGGCUGGGGUGACCGGCACGGAGGGUCCCUAGCCUUGUUGGAGCAGGAGCGCAGAGUCGGAAAAGAGGUGGGGAGGGAAUAAGGGAGACCAAGAGGAGGCCAGGACUGGGGUUUUUUAGAGGGGGGACAUCCCGCUAUCUCCGUUCCUCGGGUGAGUGGCCUAGAGCCAGCAAGAUGUGGGGAGGUGAGCUUCUGGGCCUGUCAGCUGGCCGCAAAGGCUGGAGCCUGUCAGGGUUGGGUCAGUCCAGGCCUAGGGUUCUGCUCAGGUCACAGUGAGCCCUGGAGGCCAUGCAGCUCCACCACCAGUGGCUUUGCUCUGCUAGAGGUCGGCGGAGAGGCCAAAUGGUAGGGGCUGUUUGUUUGCAGAAAGGGAAGAUUGCUGGGCUUGGUGGACAGAAGUCAGAUACGUGCCCUGGAGCAGCCCUGUGUCCUUGAUUUGGCUUUUAAAAUAUGCACGGAGCCUCAUUCUUGCCUUGAGAGCUCAGUUAUUGACACCCACCCAGCUCUGUUUGGUAAGAGCCCCAGGGGAUGCUGGUGGGGUCGUGCAGUCCCCAGGUGGGGUGCACUUGGCGCACGGAGGCUGCACAGAGGCACAGUGACCCCUCCCCUGUUUUCCGGAUGGGAAAUCUUUAGUCCCAGCCCAGGAGAGGGUGACAGCCUUUGGUUCGAGGUAGGGACGCAGGGAGCUCAGUUUCUCAGCGUCCCCUUAGGCCGGGUUUGGUCGGCGGCCUGUGGCUGCGGUCCACCUGCGCUGUGAGGCCCCAGCACAGCUGGCGUUUGUGACCCAGAAAGUUCUGACUCUGGUUACAUUCCUACUCUUCCAGCUACUCAUCUAAUGAAGGUUUUGCCCUGGAGUUAACAGGCACGGGAACGUCUUUGCUAAGCCUGGCUCCUUGGGGGCCCCACUCGCUUACUGAUGGCCCCCACUUUGGCUCUUACCUGAGGAAUAGGAGUGACUUUGCUAAUUUCCUCUGAUCCUGUGGACGUUUCCAGUGCUACCUGCCAAGGCCUUGUGUGGGAGGAGGAGAGAGUAACUGGUACAUACACACAGGUGCGCGUGCACAGGCACACGCGUGCGCGCGCGCGCGCACACACACACACACACACACACACAUGCAUGCCCCUGGGACCUGCCAGGCUGAGAGUUCCCAUCUAGCAGCACCCAUUGUCUGGUUUAGAACCAGGACCUUGCAGGGGCCACUCUGCUGGAAGCUGAGCGCUUCCCCAAAGCAGGGAAGCAGUGCUAGCCAGGAGGAAGUGACCUCCUCCGGGAAGCCCUUGGCUGCGUUGCUGGCCCUGCCGCACCCUCUGUCAGCUUCCUUUCUCCCUGAACCCAGAGUUGCUGACCCUCUGCUGAACAGAAACUUCAGAAUCAGCCGUAUGCUCAGAAACCACCAGUGAGAGCCCAGGAAGAAGCCCUGGGUGCCCUGGGACCUCCGAGGGCAAGGAGCUUCCCCGGCCUUGGUGGGUCAGGGCAGCUUGUGAGAGAGGCCGGAUGGAUCUCUGGCUGCAGAGGUUCUGAGGAGGAGCCAAAUUUACCUGAGACCCCCUCCCUGGACUGACCUUGCUGGCCCAGGCAGCCGGCCCACCUCUUGCCAAGAAGAGCAGAAAGGAGAGCGGGCUGGUUUUCUAGUUUCUUCCACUCCCUGCACUUCGUGGAGACUGUUUCUUGGCCAGCCCAAUCCGUCUUGUUCCCCUGAGACCCCGACUCUGCCUCCACCUUGCCCCAGCCCUUGGCAUAAGGCACCAGAGGCCUCACCGGCAGGAAGAAGGGGCCUGAUCCAUCAACACACUGUGUGCACCCCAACUCCACGGUCUUGGGGUUGCAGGAGGAUAAAGGCAGGCUCUGAGGGCUCCUCGGCCUGGGGAGGGGUCCUCCCUGUCUAGCCCCGCCUUCUCUUUUCUUGCUCCACCCCCUUUCUUUUCCGGGUGCCCUCAAAGGUCCACCUCAGCCCUGCGGGGGCCCCUCAUUCUAGAGCUUUAAGGGAAAUGCUCACAGGGUAUUUUUUUGGUCUACCUCACACAUGUAGUUUUUAGGGCAAAAGAGAAUAAUUUAUAUAGCUAAGAUAUAUGAGAAAAUAUUUAUGUAUAAUAUUUAUAUAGUUUCUAUAUUUCAUGGGCGGCACCUGUGGGGGUUGUGUGUUCUGUCAGAAGCCGUCCUGUCGGGGGAGACACCGCUUGGCUGGACCGGGGCCGCCCCUGAACUGUUCCCCAGGGGGCUGGGGUGUCUCAUCGGCUUCUGAAAGGAGCCUGUCUUGGCGCUAGUGAGAACGCAUCCCUUCGGGGUGUGAGCCCUGGUGGCCUUGAUCCGGCUCGUCCUUGUGAAGGUUUUGUAAAUUCUGUUCUUCCGGGUCCCAGGCCCCUCUUCUGCUCUGGAGAAACUGUCUUGCUCAUAAUAAUGAGGACGAGAAAGAUGCCCACACUUUGCAUUUGUAAAGCACUUUUGGUCUUCAGAAACACUCCUGUCCCCUUAAUCCCACUUGAUUCCCCCACUCUGCCCCCCCCCCCCGUUAGCCCUGAACUGUGUGUGCGGUGGGGGGCUCAUUACUGUGCUGGGUUUACAGAUGCGGCCCAGAGACGGAGGACUGUGCCCUCCCCACACUAAGAAGGUCUUGUUUGAUGGCUAUUUACUGAAACUGUGUGGGCCAGGCGCUGCGGGAGCUGACCUGCCCUGAGCCUAGGAGCCCCAAAGUCUGGCUACACACUGAGCCCCAGAGCCCAAGGAAGUGGCUGCUUCUCCAGCUGUGUGUGACCCCGGCCUUUCGGAUCUGGACAGCACAUCAGCAUCUCUCCAAACGGAGUCCUGUGUCUCAGCCUGGGGCUGCCUGAGAGGCCUGGAGAGAAAGGACCGCGUGGAAGCCACUCCUGGGGCUGCUUGAGAGGACUGGGCGACAACACGGGGCCCCUCCCAGCCCACAGAUGGGUUUCAUUUGCUCUCAUCUGUGGUUUUCUCUUAAAAAUGAGUUGUUUUCCAUUGGAUUUCUGGCUUGCCUUGUGAAAUCAGUUUUGUUGGCCAACGGGGCCUGCAUUGUCACCUGGCCACAGUCAGGGCUACAGGGAGGGAGCCCUAUUAGGCCGCAUGGGGGGGUCCCCAGUUUGCUAUGUACCCCCACUCCAGUCCACCUCCCUCAUGGAUGUCCCCGCCUGGCUCUCGUGGGCACAUUGUGUCCCUCUCCCUGUCCAGAUAAGCCCAGUGUCCCUGUGUCCUUCAUUGCCUGGCAGACAGGCCCAUAGGAAGACCCAUGCCAGCCCCAAAGAUUAUUUUUUAUUUCCCAGAGUUUCCUCUCUCAUCCAUGAACUUCAAGUGCUUUUUGUCUCAGCCCGUUUUGGAAUUUCAAUGGGAGCUAUCGUAUAUUAAGCACUGUAUGUCCAUCCAUUCAAUCCAAGAUUACACAGGGAGCCCCGACUGAGCGCCAGGCACCUCUCUGGAUACUGGGGUGUAGCAGCAAGCAAAACCAAGUCCCUGCCUCGUGGGGCUGAUACUCUAGUGGGGGAGAGAGACAAUAAACCAGUAAACUCCAUGUCAGAUGUUUGUACCCACUUUGUCUUGAUUUAUUACAAUAAUGCUGCGUAUUGGACACAACCAAUGAAGGCUCUCGAAUGCCAUUAGGAAGCAGGGGUGUCAGGAUUUGAGCACAGAUCUGCUGGCCUUCAAAGAGUGGCUCAUUCCCUCUCUGGACUGCUGCCUCCCCUCAGAUACAGGUAGGGCGGGAAUGGAUCACCCCCUUUUAUGGAUUCUGGGUAAACUGAGGCCUGGAGGAAGGAAGUAACCCAGCCAAGGUUA